AUGUGGCAGGCCACCAUUGCCCGGCCCGGGAGCUCAACCGCUCAUACUGCACAAACCCUGCCGCGUUCCUAUUGGCCCCCAUCGCCACGUCACACACGUGUGUCCGUUUUGUGGCCGAGAGCUCCGCAUCUCCGCGAAGCUUCCCAGCCAGACACAUCGCCCCCACGACUCCUCAUCCAUUCCUUCAAAACCCACCGCCUGCUCCUCCUGCCCCCUUCUCCUCGCCACUCCCCGCCACUCCCCGUCACCCCCAGCCCCUCCCCGCCCCUCCCCGCCCCUCCCCGACCCCGUCCCAAACAGUUUUUCCCAAUGGCUCCCGUCUACGCCUUCCUCACCGGCGCCGCCGUCCCCCUCUCCACGCAUCGCCAUGCCGCCCCGGUCGCCACGCGCCGCCCCUUCCUGGGCGCCAACGUCCUUCCCACUCGCGCCGCGCGCCUGUCGCCCCCCUCCGUGCGCCUCGCCCCGCGCAUGGUCAACGUCUCCACUGACACGUGGGUCAAGGCGCCCGGCGCGGACAAGUCUUCGCACCACGCCAACGCCAAGAUCGCCUCCAACGUGUCCGAGGUGCUGGCCAAGAAGGGCAUCGAGCGCCCCGUCAUCAUCGGCGUGGCCGCAGACUCCGGCUGCGGAAAGAGCACCUUCCUGCGCCGCGUCACAGGCAUCUUCGGCACCGAGGUCUCCAAGACACAUACCCCCGUCGGAAACUUCAUCUCUGUGAUCUGCCUCGACGACUACCAUCUGCACGACCGGAUGGGCCGCCGCGAGGCCAGGGUCACGGCCUUGGACGGGGCCGCUAACAACUUCGAGCUCAUGGCCAGCCAGAUCCAGGCCCUCCGCGAGGGCAAGAGCAUCAUGAAGCCCGUCUACAACCACGAGACCGGCGAGAUCGACGAAUGCGAGCUGGUCGAGCCCAACCACAUCGUCGUCAUCGAGGGCCUGCACCCCAUGUAUGACACGCGCGUCAAGAAGUCGCUCGACUUUUCCGUGUACCUCGACCUGGCGGAUGAGGUCAAGAUCGCCUGGAAGAUCCAGAGGGACAUGGCAGAGCGCGGCCAUAGCCUAGAGAACAUUCUCGCGUCGAUUGAAAGUCGCAAGCCGGACUUUGCGCAGUUCGUCGAUCCGCAGAAGAGGGACUGCGACGUGGUGAUGGAGAUCCUACCGACGCGGCUGAUCCCGGACGACGACGAGAAGAAGGUGCUGCGCGUGAGGCUGCUACAGGACGAGAACUCGGAGAACUUUGACCCCAUCUUCCUGUACGACGAGGGCUCGACCAUCGACUGGGUGCCGUGCGGUAGGAAGCUGACGUGCUCGUACCCAGGCAUCAAGUUCCAUUACGGGCCGGACACGUACUAUGACAAGGAGGUGGCCGUGUUUGAGGUGGACGGCGGGUUCGAGAAGCUCGACGAGAUGGUGUAUGUGGAGACGCACAUCGAGAGGGCCGGGACUAAGUUCUUCGGAGAGAUUACGCAGUCGCUGCUGAGGAAUCCCACGGCGCCGGGAAGCAAGAACGGCACUGGGCUUAUACAGGUCAUCAUGGCAAUGAUGAUGCGCUCGGUAUAUGAGAAGGUUACUGGGAAGCCUGUGGCCGUUUCGGGCAACUAGUUCGGGUACUGUUUAUAUCUUGUUCUUUUUUUGUUUUGUUUUGUGGCAUGUUGGUUGCGGGGCGAAAGGUGGAGAGGGAGUGCAGGGUUGGGGCAGUGCGAAGGGAGAUGGGUUUGGCUGCGGUUUCGUCGGUAAAGUGCACAGCUUUGCGCUGGUGAAGCGUGGUUGCAAAUUUUUAUUCUUGUUUGUCGCCGUUGCUGUCGCGCGUGCGUUGAGUAGGAGUUUGUUUCGAAAAGGGGGAUGUUGUAUGUCG